UUGAGGGAGCUUCAUUGUUUCUUCAAAAAUCGCUUCCGCCGAUGGAGCCAACCCUACGUGAUCGACAACGUCCAAAUUUCACCGUUUUGCGGAAGUAACGUCGGGUUUAACAAAAUGAGAAAUUUUUUAGCCGUCGGCGUUGCACUAAACGGAACGGAGCUUCACCGAUAGGUCAAAGGUCAAACGAAGCCUUAAUCCUUUCCUCCAUGCAUGGAUCUAUUUAUCUUCUCCACCUCUCCCUCCCUCAACAAGCUUCUAAACAACUGUCUUAUGUCCCUCUUUAUUCUCCUUCCUCUCCUCACCAUCAUCUAUUUCUCCACCACCAUCAAUCAAACCUUAUCUCUAUUCUCCUUCCCUCAGCUCUCCAUUAAUGGCCGCUCGGAAAGCUGUGAUUUUUCUAACGGAAAAUGGGUUUUUGAUGAAUCUUAUGCUCAAUAUUAUACGGAGGAAUGCCCCUUCCUCGACCCUGGAUUUCUCUGCCGCUCUAAUGGAAGGAAAGAUAUGAGCUAUCUUCAAUGGCGAUGGAGCCCUCGCAGCUGCGACAUGCAAAGGUUCAAUGCUAGCAUGAUGCUAGAAAAGAGCAAAAAUAAGAGAAUACUAUUUGUGGGGGAUUCAAUAGGGAGGAAUCAAUGGGAAUCUCUAGUAUGCAUGUUAAGGAUAGGUGUCACAAAUCAAACUAGGGUUUAUGAGAAGAAUGGGAACCCAAUCUCCAAACACAAAGGAUAUCUUAUCAUUCUCUUCGAAGACUAUAACCUAACCAUUGAGUACUACAGAGCACCUUUCCUUGUGGCCAUCGGUCGACCUCUUCCACACUCUCCCAACAUUGUUCGUAGGGCGAUUCACAUCGAUACGCCUCAUUGGGAUUCCAACAAGUGGGUUGGUGCUGAUGUCAUUGUCUUCAAUGCUGGGCAUUGGUGGAAUAUUGAUAAAACCCUAAAGAAUGGAAAUUAUUUUCAAAUUGGCAACACACUAAACAUGACAAUGGAGGUUGAAGAAGCAUAUCGCAGAACAAUUCGGACCAUAAAACAUUGGGCAGAGGAGAAACUUCUUCCCAGAAAGAGCUGCGUCUUCUUCAGAACCUACUCUCAUGCACACUACAGCAAUGGCACAUGGGACGCAGGAGGCAACUGUGAUAAUGAAACUGUGCCUAACGCUGAGGGCGAUAAGUUGCGCUCAGAGCCGUGGAGCAAUCUGGUUAUAUCAGAGGUGCUGAGGGAGCAAACGAAGAAGAAGGAACACGAUAAAAAGAUGAGUCUCCUGAACAUAACUUAUCUCUCCGGGCACAGAUCCGACGGCCAUCCUUCAAACUACAGAGAACCAGGAACACGUGUCGGCGCCCCGCAGGAUUGUAGCCAUUGGUGCCUUCCUGGCGUGCCCGACACUUGGAAUGAGAUUCUAUGGGCCGAUCUCCUCUCCAUGGGCUAUGGGCCAUGAAAGAAGUGCAGCGCCGAGGACUGUGUUUGUGGAAGCACACAGCCAAGGAAUAGAAC